AAGUAUUUCGAAGUUUAUACCCCAUUUUACUCGAGAUUUACUCUGAGUAUUGUACACAAAGAUGAAAAAUUAAUGCAUUUGUUCAAGCAAUCAGUUGCCAUCGGCUUCUACAUCCUGUACGCGUUGUUUGAGUCACUAAAAUCGCGUUAUCUCUUGCUUCCGCCUUCCGUCUUUCCCUCAACUGUUUGAAGCGACAGUCCAAGAUGAGGCAGAUAGAAUGGGCGAUGUGGGCCAAUGAACAGGCCAUAAUCAGUUCAUCUGUCAUCCUGUUUGGUGGAAUUAUUGGUAUAGCAGGAUUCUUUCAGGCUUGGGAAAUUGGAAUCUAUGCAGUCAUUGCUUCCAUUCUGGUGUUUGUGGUGGAGUAUCCUCGGGGCAAACGAGUCAAAGGACGCACUGUAGAACGCAAAUUCCAAAAACCCUUCACAAGACUGGUGAAUUGUAGUGGGUUACUUGGCAGGAACUAUUUUGUCAGAUUCUUAUUCCAUCUAGUAUUAUGUGCUCCAUUGUGUUUCAUUCUCGCAACGAUAAUGGGUGGACUUAGUCUGUUUGUCACCAGCAUGAUAUAUCUAGCAGCUGCAUUUAAAGGUGAACAAUGGAAACCAGUAGGUCUGGAGGAAAAACCAGCAGAAGAUUUGACGAAAAAAGAUCUCAAAUCAUUCCGUCAGCCUAAGAAACCCCCACCCAGAGCCCCACCCCAGGAGAUACAUGACAACCGUGUCUGAACACUGAGCUCCACCCAAAGGGAUAAAGGACAGUCAUGUCUGAACAUAGACUUCUUACCACAUGAGAUUACAUACUUUAUUUUAUGAUAUGUGUUGCUAUUUAUAGUUAUGACAAAUUUUAAAUACUUUGACUCCUGUGCCAUGUUCACAGCAAUAUUUAAUCAUAUCAAACUCUCUUUAUAUUUAUAUGUGUGUUUCACUCCCAUUACUUCAGUGCUAGGUUAAUAAUAGAUUAAUAAAUUAUCUCACUCCUCUUGUGAGCUCAUAAAAUAUAAUCUCUUCAAUUAUUCAGCUAACCAUACCCAUCAAUGUUUAAAGAAUUACAUGCCUUAUGUGUUUAUACACCCAAUUUACUUAAAACAGUUUUAUUAACAAGACAUUUUUAUGAAAUAAAUUAUUGUGAAUUAAACUACAUGUAUAUCAGUGAAACAUGCUUAUAGGGAACGGUCAGGAGUGGACAAUUUUGCUUCAUUAUAGACAUAAUUUAUUAUAUCCAUUAAGUUUGCAAAACCUUUUUAAACCAUGGGGAAUGAAAACCAUUUUGCUGCAAGCAUGAAUUCAUUAAAAGUGUGUUUGCUUGGCUGCAAUAAUGUAGCCCUCUCCAAUUAUUUUCAGGAAAGGCCUCUCAAAAAAAAAAAAAAAAAAAAAUUGGACAGGGCUACAUUAUUGCAGCUAGUGUUCUCUAUAAGCAUGCUUUACUGUAGAUCUAUAACAAAAAUGCUUCUUGAAAAUCAUUUUAUAUACUCGCAUUUAAUGACUUAGUCACAUGUAUUAAACAUCAAAUCUUGAAACAAUAUUUCCAUUGCAUGGAGGAACUAAAGCAUGUAAAUGUGUCCUUAUACAUGUGACUUUAUUUUAAAGUAAAUGUAUUGCAUUAUUACAAGAAAGGCUUCAACAUGCCUGAUUUUGGUACAGAGUCAUUAAUAGUUAAGAUGUACAGCAAAUGUUUUCUUUUCACACGAUUAUUACAUCAUCAAACUUCAUAAAUAAAUCAUGUAAAUUUUA